AUGCGGCGUUUUGUGUUCGUAAUCGUGCUUGCGUUAGUGGCGCUGACAUGUGCACAAAUACCUCGUAAGAAAGGCUCCUGCCCACCAACAUUGCCCGUGGACAUCUGUGAGCCAGCAUGCGGCCCUGAAAUACCCUGUGAAGGAGAACAGCUUUGCUGUGCUACCGCUUGUGGAGGAUCUAUGUGUGUUGAUGCUGUGACGGCAAGACAUUUUGUGGACUAUGUUAAACCGGGCAACUGCCCAGAAUUUCCUCGAGGUCCGUGGGUAUGCACUCACACAUGUACAAGCGAUUCCGACUGCCCGCGGAAGCUGAAGUGUUGUGCCAACCGAUGCGGAGCCCUCACUUGUCAGAGACCAGAAUCAGUGCCGACCGCACCUGCUGAAUAA